UGGGUAAGAAGUCUGCACCGUGCUGCCGCUUUUAACGUCUUUCUCUGCUUUUUUUACACAAAACCUGGAAGCAACAGAAUAAAUGUCUGGUUGAUUCAGAGAUGAGCGACAACGUGAAGUUGUUUGUGGGGAAUCUUCCUUUAGAUGCAACUCACGACGAGCUGAACAAGCUCUUCGCUCCGUAUGGAGAGAUCAACACCUGCUCCCUGCUCAGACAGUACGCCUUUGUGACUCUGAAGGGAGAAGGGGCAGCAGACAGGGCCAUACGGCAUCUCGAUGGCAAAGAGUACAGAGGCAGACCCCUGGUGGUAGAGGAAUCCCGUGCUCGUCCACCCAACUCCACAAAAGUGUUUGUAGGAAACCUCAGCGCAACAUGUUCCGCAGACGACUUGCAUGGGCUGUUCUCAACAUUUGGAAGAGUUUUAGACUGUGAUAAAGUCAAAGCAAGAUUAUGCUCAAAUGUCGGCUAUGCCUUUGUGCAUAUGGAGAGGAAGGAGGAGGCCCUUGUAGCUAUCGAGGCACUUAACGGGACCAUGUUCAAGGGCCGUCAGUUGGCCGUAGAGCUUUCCAAAGCCCAACCUUUGAUCAACCAGCUCGCCUCAGGGGGAAAUGGAGCCAAUUCUGCUGGCGGCAGAGAAGGUCUUCUCCCCCGACCUCCUCCAUCACUAGAACAUCACCAGAGUCAAGCAGCUGUGCUAGCAGCAGCUGCUGCAGCUGCUGCAGGACUACCCAUACAAGUUCAACAAAGUGUCCAUAACUCAUUCUACAACACCACAUCCUUCGACCCCACUUAUGCAGCUCUGAAGGGCAUUACUAGUGCUAAAGGUGCAGAUGGGGUGAUUUACGGUGCUCUUGCCAGCCAGGUGUAUGGUGCUGUUGCUGACCAGGUGUACACUGAUAUGGCCAAUCACAAUACCGUAGCCAGCGCUGCCGUUGAAGAAGUGGAGCCACAGACUGGACCAGAUCCAACAACGCUUUUUGAGGCAGCAAGAGCCAAGUUCUUUCAGGAAGGACAGAAGGUUCUGGCAGAGCAGCAGGCGGGGAGAAAGGCAGCGUCUUCGGAAAAUGAGCGGGAUCGCAGCCCAAUUAGAGGAAAUCGAGCCCCCCUCCUCCCUGACCCCGUUCCGGGUUCCUUCGCUCAGAUACGACCCAAACGACGUGCCCUGCUGCCGACACCACCUGGCGUACCAGAGGACACCGCAUCUGCCACCACAACUCCCGAAGGGUCAGAUCCUGUUGCUAGGUCUUACACAGAGUACUAUCAGCAAAUGCAUCAAUACCAACAGUACCAGCAACAAUACCAGCAACAGUACCAGUACCUCCAGUAUGCCUACACCAAUCCUCCUCCUCCCCCACCUCCUCCGCCUCCAGCCAGCACACAGGCCACUUCUGCAAAUCCUGCACCCCCAGGGACGUACACGGCACCCCCAACAUAUGCCGCACCGGGAGCCUACGCGCCGCCCGGUACAUAUGGCGCUUCGGGGAACUACGAUGCCUCGUCAGGGAGCUACGACGCCUCGGCAGGCUAUGACGCAUCUGGAGGCUACGGAGCAUAUGAUUCAUCAGGAGCUUACACAGCAGCGGGAAGCUACUCCGCAUCCACACCGUAUGAGCAGACACCCGCACACGGGCAACCCAUGCCCCAGCGCCAUGAUUACCCUUACCACACGCCAGAACCCCCUUAUCGAUAGUUCCAUCCCCAGCACACUCCUACCACACUGCAGAUGUGUGUGCGUGUGUUUGUGUGUGCUCGCGUGUGUGCAUGUGUAUUUACAUGAGGGACAGUUUAAAGAGGAAAAUCCGAGAGGGAGUAAGGUUGUAAUUCGAAUGUGCUUUAAAUAUGAAGCGCACCACCCUUUUGUACAUUUUACCCAAGUCUGUAACUCGCCAGCCGGCUGUGAUCGUUGUUAAUAGGGUGAAUAUAUGCGUUAACAAGUGGACAAAGGUGGAGAUGAGUGGGACAGUUAAUAUUGGAAUAUUUUCGAACAUUAGUUUUUGUUUGAUAUUACAGAGGCACAGCUGAAAGUUUCUUCGGUUAAGUUACAGAAAGGUUGGGUUCCAUUGAAGCUUUUUCUUUGGUGCUGGUUUAAGGCCUCUUACAUACUCUACUUAAACAUUUGCACAAAUAUUGAUGUUGAAUAGUAAAAUGUGCUAAAUUAAAAUUGUAACGGCGUCAUCUUAAAAGAGUUUAGAUGCUCAGUCUUUUUCAACAGAUGAGUAGAGCCAUGUCAAAAUGAGGAACUUAUCCAUCUUGCACUUUUUGUUAACAGGAUAAAAAAAGAUUUUCUUCUACAUGUUACAACUUUUCUUGCAGUAACAGAGAUUCAGGUUUGUACAAGCUUGUACACCUUUAUGAUGACCAAUUUCAAAUCUAUAUUUGAGCCCACACGCUCACCGCCCUGUGUAGAGAAUGUAACAGGCCUUGGUUUGAAUUCUGUCACAUUGACCUGUUUGUAAAAAGUGGACUGUUUGUCCAGACAUUAAACAGGAGACAUCUCAUCAUUUGUUGCCUUCUUAGUAAAUAAUCUUCACCUGGGUAACAUUGAGAAUGUGUGUAAAUUGGCAGCAUUGUGGUCAGAGUAUGUUUUAGGCUGGUUUCACUGAGCUGACUGGUUUUUCAAGCUACUGCAGCUGUUCAAACUCACACUGUCUCAGUCGCAGGUUGAUCAGUUUACUUUGCAGCGAACUUCACUGCAACAGAAAGUGAUAUUGUGGUUACCUGCUCUGACUUAGGUUUUUUGUUUUGAGCCAACCUUUCAUGAAGUGAAAAAUCCCCCCUCUAUGGUUAUCCCGUUUAAGUGGGAGAGUUAGUUUAACUUCAGACAGAUAUCACCAGUCUGUGACUGUGCAUGUUCAAGAAUUCAUAGUUCAGUUCAGUAGCCUCUUUUAACUUUUGAGAACAGGGUAAAAAUACUGAGUGGAUGUUUUUAGACUUGGAUGUCCUCCGAGUUGUUUGUCAUAAUUUACGUCACUUGUUUUAUUUCUCGCUCAGCCGAGGCUCUCCAUGCAUCUCAAACACAAAAUACAGUAUAUCAUGUCAGAGUCUUAGGUCAAAGAUUAGUCAGAAGAAGAUCUGAUUUUAGUUUUGUCUUGAAUAGCUGUCGUAAGAUCCUGUGUGAGAAGCAAGUUCUACAUGAUAGAUACAAAAUUUCUCCCUUUUUUUGACAUUUUCUACCAUUGGUUUUGUUCGGGUCUCAUCAGCUGUCGUCACAUUACAGCUCACAUUAGUAAACCACUAGUGAUUUAGAGGGAAAGUGGAGCUAGUUUUCAUACCAGAAAAUUUACAAUUUGCUACUUGUGUAAAUAUUUUAAGCUGCAAAAGUAAUUUCAACCAACAUUUGGUAAGAAUAUUGACUGUUCUUUUGAAGAUGAUGUGAUUGUGUUUCCUCUUAAACAGUUGAAGACAGCGAGUAGACAAGAUAAUGUAGGACUACUGAUUUGUUGUGUAAAUAAAAGGCAGCCCUUUUAUUGGCUGAGAAGGAAAACUGUCAUACUUGUAGCAUGUGGUGAGUGGGGUUGAGCCUCUGGCAUAUGAACGAAACACGCUGUAAAAUCAGACAUUGCUAACGAGUUUAAAUGCAGGUUACAUAAAUUGUAGAAAAAUGUGAGAAAUCAUUUCAGUGGCUAUGAGUGUGUCUCUUCUAAGUGCAGUGCGGUGGCGUGUUGCUGAUGUGCACAACGUAGGGUACUUCACUGAGUGGAUAUGAGGUGACGGCCUUGGUGCCGUAGGUGAACGCAGGGGUUGUUUUUGAUUUUGUGAAGGCCGCAGAGUUUCCCGAGCAGUAGCGAGAAGGGUCAUGAUUUCCUUUUCCCUCUUGUGGUCUCACCAGAAACACAUGGCUAAGUUCACUGGCUGUCUCUGCAUCCAUAUCACACCUCAAGAGUUGUUUGACGCCACAUGUAUAUCUAGAUGCAUUGUAUUUGGGUUCAUUGUUUCAUGUCAACCAGAUUACACGGGCAAAGGAUCAUAAUCUACACCUGAUCUCGCCUGAAUUUAGUUUUUAUGACUGACAAUAGUCCUGUUCAUAAUUGUACCACACACUAGCUACUUCUGUUUUGCCACCUGAACUGGUAGUGCUACGUUAGGUUUAAGUGACAGAUAGCCUCUCCACAUUUCCACAUUAUUCCACCUUCUCCAUGUGAACUGUUAGUUGCAUGCCUUGUUGUUGCUGCUGCUCCAGCCACCUUCUUCCUCUUGCUGAUUAUUGCAGCUAGAGUGGGAGGGAGCCAAACUGAGCCCUUGCCCUGGACGUACGCCACACGCAGCUGUAGCGUGGGAUGGGGAAAACAGCAGCGUUAGGCCUGAAACUGCUGUGGACGAUGGGGUGUCCCCCCACUAAGGUAAACACGCAGAUCACACACUCCUGCCCCUCCCUGUAACACACGUAUACACUCACACACACAAACAGACACACCUUUGGUCAUACUUUCUAUUCUUCAUCCGACGUUUGGAAUUUCAUAAAGUUGGAAAUGGGAUCACCCAUCUUUUUUUUAAAUGGGUGAUUACUCUUUUUCUUUUCUUUUUUUUUUCCUGCUUUUGAUUUUCCAGAUCACAUCCCAACAUUUUCCCCCCCAAGCAUUCUCUGCUCAUACAUUCCAGCUCCCAACAUACCGACUGCUCGAACACCAACUUUUGAGGAGAUGCACGCCAUCGUUUAGUCUAAAUCUGAAGCAGGCACAUUGUUGUUAGUACGUCCUGUAUCUGACAGCCUGUCUUUCAAGAGUACCAGGCAAUCACAUCCAAAGCUGAACGUGGGACAUGUAGGUAGGAUGCAUUGUUCUAGUUUUUGUAAACGUGUACCCCUGGGGCCACUUUGGGGUUAAGUGCCUUGCUUAAGAGCACGUCUGUAGGCCCUCACUUUCAGUGUUGAAUAACCUGGCUCAGGAUCGGUUGCUGGUUCAACGACACCCCCUCUCCCCCUCCAAAACAACGAUUUUUGAUGCCACAUUCAACUUGUAUGAAUAACAAUGAACACAAAUAUUAUCAUUUUGUUUUAAAUUACAUUUUGUUCCAUGUUCUUUGAAAUGCUUAAUUAUCAAUAAAUACAUUUCAUCUGAA